CUGCACGUGCUCAGUGUCAUUCCCUUAUACUACUACUGUUAUUAUUAUCGCUUGGUUUGCUUCUGCGCUGGUUCCUGGCUCUGAAAGGUUCCGAGGCUGAGAUUCGGCCUCAGUUCUGCAAGAAGGAAAAGUCGGAGGAGGCGGUGGCGGGAACAGCCGAGCGAUCCGCUGUUGGGCUGAGCGUAGAAGUGGUCCCGCCUCCCCCCUCCCGGCCUGCACUCUCCUCCCCUGCGGUCCCCUCUUCUCCUCCCACCUUGACGUCUGGAGCUGGCAACCCGGCCGGUUCCGCAUUCCCUCCCCGCAGACCAGGGGCCGCUAUAUAACUGGGGCUGAUGCAACCCACCCAGCCGUCCGACAGAGCCUGCGGGAGGGACGGCGAGGGACAGAACCGACUUGCAGUGACGGUGGGGGCUGCAGACGCCCCGGCGUCCCCGUGGCCGCGGCGACACCUCCCGGGACCGGACUGGGCUUGGCACAACGGGCCUGCAGAGAGAGGCCGAGAGCCGCUCACCGAGCUGGGCGGCUGCAGUGGAGCUGAGUGUGCAGCCCGCCCCAGCUGCAGCCGGGCCCCGGGGGCACCUUCGCCGUCAGUUCGGGGAAUUAGCGGAGAGGCCACAGCUCAGUGGCUGAGCACAUGCUUUGCAGUUUAUAUCCCGCCCUUCCUCCCAAAAGAAGCCCAGGGCAGCACCAGCUUCAAUCUCUGGCAUCAUCAUUUCAAAGGAGCAGACUGUGGAACUGUAUAUCCUGCUAUGAUGCCUGGGCAGAUUCCAGACCCAUCCCUGACAGCUGGUGCUCUGCCUGGCCUCGGCCCCUUGACAGGGUUGCCUGGUACCACCUUGACAGCGGAAGAGCUGAAGUAUGCUGACAUUCGCAACAUUGGGGCCAUGAUUUCGCCACUACACUUCUUGGAGGUGAAACUAGGCAAGAGGCCUCAGCCAGUGAAAAGUGAGCUAGAUGAAGAAGAGGAAAGGAGGAAAAGGCGCCGAGAGAAGAACAAAGUAGCAGCUGCUCGAUGUCGGAACAAGAAGAAGGAGAGGACAGAGUUCCUGCAGCGGGAAUCUGAACGCCUGGAGCUCAUGAAUGCUGAGCUGAAAGCCCAGAUAGAGGAGCUGAAGCAAGAGAGGCAGCAGCUGAUCUUGAUGCUGAACCGCCACCGCCCCACCUGCAUUGUGCGGACAGAUAGUGUCAAAACUCCAGAGAGUGAAGCCAACCCACUGUUAGAGCAGCUGGAGAAGAAGUGAAGGGGGCCUGGUGAGCCCAAGAGAAAGUAGGUGGCAAAGAAGACAAAGCAGGAUCUCUGAGAGUCUCUCAUCUAUGUACUGUACAAAGAACUGUGCACUAGAGAUUGGUGCAACCAGAACACAGUGAGCUUCCUUGGGGAUUGCACGUUUAUCCCCCAAAUGGAGGGGAUGAAGGAGGAGAGGAUCACAUCAGAAACAGCCAGCAGGGAAGCGGUCGCUGCCAUUCCAAGGCUUGACGCAAGUGGAUAUGGCAGCUGUUGCAAAGGCUUUUCUGGGGCCUCAUCGAAAUGGCAGUUCAGCCGUGGAGAUUUUUCAAGCAACCCAUCCCAGGGCAUUCCUAGUCUGGAACAUGUUAGGAUGCUAGGAGGUAGCAUUGUGGGUUGCCAUCGCCCCUCUUCCUAUGGCUAAUGGUUGGCAGUCAGCAGGGACAAAAGGUUUGAGCACUAGAGAAAACUAGGGCAGGAGGAAGCUGGCAGCAGGCAGAGCUGUGUAGGCAUCCGUUCCUGUAUCCUCCCCUUUUGGACCCUGCCUCUGCCCUCCAUGCUCUCUUCAGAACAAAACGAGAAACCAAGAAUGGCAAACACUUGACACAAAGUCCUGCCUCAUCGCUGGGCCUGUCUGUGGCACUGUGGCGCAGGCGCCCCCACAAGCACACCCUCAGUGUAAUGUUUACAGUCCAGCUGCCCAGGCCAUGCUUUUAAAAUGCACAUUUUAACACUUUUUUAUAUUUUUAUAAAGUUUUUUUAUACAGCAACCUCUAUAUGGAUUUAUAUAAUCACUAGAUGUGAUCCUGUAUAAAUGUAUGUUAUUCCGGUCUCCUUGUUAUAAAUGCAUAUGACACAGUUAUCUCCAUUGUGUUACUUUUUCGGCACCUGGCUCCUUUUCCCUCGGCGUGCUGGGAAAUGGGCCUGUGCCCUUUACAUUGGCUUCACUGCCAUGUCCAUCCAUGUAUGUCCUUCAUAAUACUCAGUCCUGUAUCUCAGUAAAUGUUAACUUUUACUUAU